GGUUGUUGUUGGAUCAGUACACUGGGUCUGGCUGGUUACAAGCACUCUCUGUGAUAAGUGCAUCCCAUUGGAUAAGCUGCAGUCAGUGAAUCUGAAGCCUACAGAAAAGAAAUAGAAAACUGAUGACCAAAUGACUGCUACCAAGAGAACGGUGAGUCUUACCUCGGCAUGGUGAGUGAGACAGUGGAAGGAGAAGAGUGUUUGGACUGGAAUUCCUAUUUCAUUGUGCAGAAGGGCAGCGAUCCCUUCAAAGAGUACGCAGGCUUCAAUGGAAUCGGGCCACACAAUUACUGCAGGAACCCUGAUGGAGACGAUCAGCCCUGGUGCUUCAUCAAAAAAAACAACAAACUGAAGUGGAACUACUGUAAAGUUAGGAAAUGUUCUGGAGCUCCAACCACCCCACAAACAAUUCCAACUCCAGCCAAGCCAGACGUCUCCACCGCCCAGUUCUCCCAGUGUGGGAAGCCACAGCCCGGCCGCUCGGCCCGGAUCUUCGGAGGGAAGAAAUCUCUUCCCGGAGCUCAUCCGUGGCAGGUUUCCCUUCAGACCAGACCCAAAGGCUCCUCUGGGCCCUUCAGCCACAUCUGUGGAGGCAUCCUCAUCGAGUCCUGCUGGGUGCUCACUGCUGCACACUGCAUAAAAAACGGACUGGAAAUGCAGGUGGUGCUGGGAGGAGUGGACAUAGAGAAGGAUGAAGUGUACGAUCAGGUCAUUCCAGUGGAGAAGGCCAUUGUGCAUGAGGAAUAUAAGGAGAGCCCCUUUGCUCUCCAUAAUGAUGUUGCCAUGCUUCAGCUGAAGGUCACGGACAAACCGUACUGUGCCAAGGAAACACGCUUCGUGAAGACAGUCUGCCUGCCGAACAUGCCCUUCACCAAUGGGACCGAGUGUGUGAUCUCAGGGUGGGGCGUGACCGAAACACCUCAUGGAUAUUCAUCCAGUUCACCUCUAGCGCGCAUUUACAUCGGAAAACAGGAGAAGUACGGUACCAGCCAGCUGCUGGAUGCUCGCGUCCUCCUGAUCUCCCAGGAGAAAUGUAACGCUCCGCAUGUCUACGGAGGCUCGCUGGACGACAGCAUGUUCUGUGCUGGCAACAUGAGAGGAGGCGUUGACUCCUGCCAGGGUGACUCUGGCGGCCCUCUGGUGUGCGAGCGUAAUGGGACCCACUACGUCGUCGGCGUGGUGAGCUGGGGCGACGGCUGCGGGAAGAAGUACAAGCCCGGUGUCUACGCCAAUGUCCGCAGAUUUAUUGACUGGAUUGCUUCUCACUUAAUCUCAUGAGGAUGCACAUGACCAUAAAGUGACAUGUGGUGUGUACGUAGACGUUACUUCUACACGUUCCGUUCAUAAUAUUAGUUAAUUUUUGAAUGUUGUGAAAUAAUUUUACAAUAUUAAGGUUCCACCUACUCUUUGUAAGCAUGCUUGGAUCAACUGUUAAUAAAGAUGACAAUAAAGAAUA